CUGAGACCAGUCACUUCCAUAAAGUGAAAGUCGUGCAGGCUUGUGGGGUCGGAUGUCGCCGAUUUCUCCUCUUUCUCCCCUUGGCUGGGGGUCUUGGAGCUUCUGAAGACCGGGGGGCACCUCCAGGACUGCACUUUGCACUAAGGGGGGGUUGCAGGAAGAGCCUCCCCUCCAGCUGCCCCUGCUCUGGCACAUGGUUAUGAGCUUUAGAGUCUCCGAACUGCUAGUUCUUCUGGGUUUUGCCGGCAGGAACAAGAGUGGACGGAAACACGAGCUUCUCUCCAAGGCCCUUCAUCUGGUGAAGUCUGGCUGCAACCCGACCAUCCUGAUGAAGAUCAAGGAGCUCUAUCGAAGGAGAUAUCCUCGCAAGGUCCUCAGCACCACAGACUUGACCAUGCUGCACAUGCAGACUGGGGCGCUACCUAAUGCUAACUCACUGGCUCAGGGUGCCGUGUGCCACCUGGGCUAUGAUGGCGGCACCAUGCCGAGCACCCUUCCUUCAUCUGUGCUGCCCCCUAUCCCCAUGCUUGGUCCCAAACACGAGACGGACAUUCAGCACCUAUCCCCGCCCAUACACCCAGUCCACCCAGAUGUCAAGAUGAAGAGGCUUCCAUUCUACGAUGUCUACGAUGAGCUGAUCAAACCAACCACACUGGCUUCCACAAACACGCAACGGUUUGAAGAGGCCCACUUUAGCUUUGCACUGACGCCCCAACAGGUCCAUCAAAUCCUGAGUUCAAGAGACAUACUGCCUGGUGCUAAAUGUGAUUACACAGUCCAGGUCCAGCUGAGGUUCUGUCUGUGUGAGACCAGCUGUCCGCAGGAGGACUACUUCCCCCCCAACCUCUUUGUGAAGGUGAACGGGAAGCUGUGCCCAUUGCCAGGCUACUUACCUCCCACCAAGAAUGGAGCGGAGCCUAAAAGGCCGAGCAGACCCAUCAACAUCUCCCCGCUCAUCCGGCUGUCGUCCACUGUGCCCAACAACAUCAUUGUCAACUGGUCGUCGGAGUUUGGCAGAAAUUACUCGCUGUCCGUCUACCUGGUGAAGCAGCUGACCUCGGUCACCCUUCUGCAGAAACUCCGCGCCAAAGGCAUCCGGAACCCAGACCAUUCCAGAGCACUGAUAAAAGAGAAGCUGACGGCCGACCCCGACAGUGAGAUCGCCACAACCAGCCUUCGGGUCUCCCUCAUGUGUCCGCUGGGGAAGAUGCGUCUGACCGUGCCCUGUAGGGCCAUCACCUGCACCCACCUCCAGUGCUUCGAUGCUGCCCUCUACCUGCAAAUGAAUGAGAAAAAACCAACGUGGACGUGUCCUGUGUGCGACAAGAAGGCGCCAUACGAUUUGCUCAUUAUAGACGGUCUCUUCAUGGACAUCCUGAACUCCUGCACAGACUGCGAUGAGAUUCAGUUCAUGGAGGACGGGUCCUGGUGUCCGAUGAAGCCCAAGAAGGAGAAGCCGGACGUGCUGCAGCCCACAUCGUAUGGAGGGAUUGAUGGAAUGAUCUACAACCUCAGCUCUGACCUCAAGUACAACACCGAGACCAAGAAGAAGGUGGAAGUGAUCGACCUAACCCUGGACAGCUCAUCAGACGAGGACGAGCCUGCGCCCAAGAGGCCAUGUCCUAUCACCUCAACGACCAUACCCUCUGUCGGAUCCAAAGGGGUGAUCAGCGUUGACCAUCAACCAUCGUCUGUUCUGAGAAGCCCCCCUAUGGCCACUAUAGGGAGUGAUUACCUCUCCACCCUUCCUCUACCCGACUACCACCGAACCUUCCCAGUACCAAGCGACCUUCAAGGUCUCGAUAUCUUCUCCUUCCUUCAGACGACGGACAAUCAGCAUUACAGCCCAUCCGUCAUCACCUCCCUGGAUGAACAGGACGCCCUCAAUCACUUUUUCCAGUACCGGGCCCCCCCAUCGCAUUACAUGAGCCCCCUCACCCAGGCCAUAACAGGAUCCCACGGGGCAAGCAAUGGCGCCAGCCGGAUAAGUAGCAUUGUUUCCACCAGCACGUUACGGGACAGUCACGGCCACAGCGGAUCUCAGAACUCCACCCCGACCUUACCUGGGUGCAGACCGGACAUUAUAUCAUUGGACUGAUCAGCAGGGUCCUGACCCAGGAAGCUGGACCCCAGCGAGGACAUGGCUGACUUCUGUUUCCAUAGGCCCCAUUUUUUUUUUAAACUCCGAAGCAUUAUACGCCAUGGCCUAUGGAAACCGGCGGCACACGGACAGCGGGAAUGUACAGUGACCACGAGGAAUCAACCCAGCGCUCAUUUUAGUAUUACGACUCCCAUCAUGGCAUUUUUUUUAUAUCGGAUGAUUCUAUUUUUUAUUUAAUGAUCUGCUCCUUGAAAUCAGCUACAUGAAGUCCCCCCCCCCAAUCACGUAUCUCCAGUGUCAAGCCAUCCAUAUGUGACUGAUAUCUGCUGGAAAUUAUCAAGUUCAAUCAAUUUUUUUUUUCUUUUCAUCACUUUUUGUAGAGUCGCAUCAUUCCUCAAUUACCUGACACAGGGAGAUGUUGCUUGCAAUACCCCUACGGCCUGUAGGUGGUGCUAGAGACUACUAAGGUCGCCAUCUACAGGCACCAGCUGGUACUGCAUUCUGAUCUCGGAUAUGACAUUUUUCGUUGCCUUCUAUGUAUAUUUUUUUUCCGUACGCUCACUGCCGCCUCCUCCUAGCGCUGUACAGAGAUAAACGCCAAUAGACAAUGAUAUAUUUUCAGUUUUUUUUACUUCUACAAACUCCAAAGACCAGACCCUGUUCUGUAUGAAGGUCACGUACCCCUCUCACCAAGGAAUAUUCCAGAUAUCCUUCCUGGUGCUGGAGGGUUAAUCCG